AUAAAAGUAAGAUGCAUGUUUUGUAGAACACCGGCAUAUGUUUGUAUAGUUUAGGACACGUCAAGUUAUAUUUACUUGAUUUUCCUCAUUCACUACGCAGUUAUUAGCUUUACAUCGAAAUUAUUCCAUUCAGAGAUUUUGGUAAGAGGUGAGGAAAAACUGUUGUGAAGGAACACAUGUAAGAUGUCAGAAAAAUCUUCACGUCGUCCACAAACAAGACUGAAUGCUAAACGUGGAAAGGAAAAGUCUGAAGAUGGCCUAAAUGUAACAAACGACAGGAAAUUUACGGUUGAGACUGAUGAUGGUAUGGACAAGUACGGGAAAAUAGACAGAAGAGGAUUACAGGGGGAUUAUGGGAAUGUCGCUCUGUUAACAUUUCUCUAUGUGCUCCAAGGCAUUCCACUGGGACUUGGCGGCAGUAUACCCAUGUUGCUGCAGAGCCGUAAAGUCAGCUAUAAAGACCAAGCAAAAUUCAGCUUUAUAUAUUGGCCGUUCAGCAUAAAGCUGCUUUGGGCACCUUUGGUUGACUCUCUUUACCUUCAUUGGUUUGGGCGCAGAAAGACUUGGUUAGUUCCCACCCAGUACCUGAUAGGAAUCUUCAUGCUAGUGUUGUCUACAAGGAUAGAUGGACUUCUCGGCCUGGAAGCCGAAGCGGAAGCACACGUUGAUAUACUUACACUAACAGCUGUGUUCUUCUGUCUGAAUUUUCUAGCAGCUACUCAGGAUAUUGCUGUCGACGGCUGGGCUCUCACUAUGCUUAAAAGGCGGAAUGUUGGCUGGGCCAGUACCUGUAACACAGUGGGACAAACAGCGGGAUUUUUCCUUGGCAAUGUGCUAUUUAUGGCCCUUGAGUCUGCUGACUUCUGUAACAAGUAUCUCCGCUCCGAGCCACAGGAUGUGGGCAUGGUUACUCUCGCUAGUUUCCUGUACUUUUGGGGCAUCGUAUUCUUCAUAACAACAACUUUGGUGUGGAUUUUUAAAUCGGAAAAGGUUGACCCGGAAGUUGACCCGGACACAGGAAUAAUUGACACAUACAAGCACCUAUAUCAGGUCAUCAAACUGAAGCCGGUUAUCUCACACUGCAUUGUGCUUCUUACUGCAAAGGUGGCCUUUGCGGCUGCAGAUUCCCUGUCUGGGCUAAAAUUGAUUGAAGCUGGGAUGCCCAAAACCACACUGGCGAUGUUUGCAGUUCCGUUGGUGCCUGUUCAAAUCAUCCUUCCCCUCAUAAUCUCCAGAUACACCUCUGGACCUCGGCCUAUGAACCUAUUCCUAUGGGCUAUCCCCCCGAGGAUACUUAUAGGACUGGUGUACGCCUAUAUAGUGUACCUGGCUCACUCAGUUCAGACAGCUCCAGGAGAAUUUCCCAUGUACUUCUAUCUACUCAUUCUGGCCAGUUAUAUGGUUCACCAGGUGUUCGUGUACUGCAUGUUUGUAUCACAGAUGGGGUUUCAUGCUAAAGUCAGUGACCCGGUCAUCGGUGGCACAUACAUGACCCUCCUCAAUACAGUUGCUAACCUAGGGGGCAACUGGCCAGCCACUGUGGCCUUGUGGGUAGUAGACUCUAUAACAUGGAAGUCAUGCGAGGGCGCUGUCGGACAGUCCUGCCAUACAUCCGAUGCUUCUCAUUUGUGCAAGGAGGCAGGAGGCCACUGUGAAACAACAUUGGACGGAUUUUACAUCGAGUCAUUUGUAUGCGUAUUUAUAGGAUUUCUCUGGCUAAUGUGGAGAAAGAGACGAGUACAAGAAUUGGACGCUCUAGAUUUAAAAGCUUGGAAAGUGACUAAUUCAUAAUGUUAAAUAGUUGUUUAUAGGGUAUGAAAUGUUAUUAAUUUUAUCAGAUUUAAAUAAAUAUAUAAACUUCUUUAUUUAUUUGUAGGCAUUCUUUUUUAUGUUGAAAGAAACAUUUAGGAGUCCUGAAUCUGUGUGCCAAUAUAGGGCGUCAUUCAUUUUUAUUCAUUCAAAUAUUGCUCAGCCAAAAAACAUGAAUUGGUUGUAUGUUGUUUUUUCCGUAUAAAAAACAAGUUCAUUGUUGAUAUACAUUUUGCUGAACAUGUCUGUGCAAUUAAUAUUUAUUUUGAUUAUAUGAUCAUCAAUAUAUUUUUUGAUAUCGGAUAAUGAAAAUACAGUAGCAGUUCUGACAUAUACAGAUCAUACUAUUGUCAUGCCACUGUCAUUGCGGAGUACUGCAGUUUAUUUUAAUAAUUGAUAAUGAAUUGAUUAUAGAAGGAUUCAGGGGAAAAAUCAUAUUAUAGAAUGCAUAAUAAUUUUAUAAAAAAUCUAACUGCUUUAUUUUGUUUAUAUUCAAGAAAAUAAAAUAAAAAAGUGAUCAAUUUUUGACGUUAUUUCUGGAUUGAAAAUUCCAGGAAAUAUUGUGUGAUCAUUAUGUGCUGCAAUUUUCUUAAAAACUACAAACAGUGCAUUAAAUCAUGGAAUUUAUCAAUGGAGGGCUAUAAUUGAAAUGAAUAUUAGGAUAGGAAGUUUUUCUGACAACCUGUAUAAUGUCUCAUUUAGUGAAUAAAGAUGCAAUCACUGCUCAGUCAUGAUGGAAACCUGUUUACACACCAAGCUCAACAUGAUACAGAACGACAGAAAAGUGUUCUUUCAUCAUACGCUCUUGCAGUAAGCAAGUUUGUGUGAAUUUCAAUGGGACCAUUCUAUCUUGAGCAAAUUUCUUUAAAUUCAAAUGGGCAUCGGUAUGUUUUAUAGAUGAGGUCAUAAAGUGCUAUUUAAGUACCAAGCGGCAUUGAGAAAUUCAUAGAUUUUAUCAAAUUUUAAAGAAAGAUAACUGUGAACAAGUGUUCACUUUUUUAUUUAUGUAACAAGUGUGCCUUUUUUAUGACAAAAAUGACUUGUUUCUUGAUUAUAGGUACAAAAUAAGCUUAUUUUGUGUAAAUUCAUAACGUUUAUCUAGUUCUGAGCAACAGGGUUAUAUAAGUGAUUUAAUCAAAACAGUUGAAUCCUUUUGUUGUUGGUAGCACAGUAACAUAUAUUUAAAAAAGUUUUGUUAUGGAAUUUUUCUUCAAUGAGUGUUUAUCUGUGUGUUCAAUGUUAUUUCAAAUGCAAUCUUUAAACUAUGUGUUUCAAGCUCUUUUCAUGUGAAUUAACAUGCAACUCAUUCCAAAUAAACAAAAGAAACAUA